AUGUUCCGCACCGCCAUUGUCCGCAGCGCGCGUCUCGCCGCUACCCAGGCUGCCCGCCCAGCCGUCCGAACGUUCGCCGUCCGAAGCAACCCUUUCAUCAACACAUCUCGCAUCUCCACCCCAGCGACAACGCUAUCUGCUGUGCGAUGCUACGCCUCAUCAUCUGGUCUUGGGCAAGAGGAGGUCACUGGCAGAAUCUUGGAUCUCCUGAAGAACUUUGACAAGGUCUCGGAUGCAUCGAAGCUCAGCGCACAGGCGCACUUCACAAACGAUCUUGGUCUGGAUAGCUUGGACACCGUCGAGGUGGUCAUGGCGAUAGAAGAGGAGUUCAGCAUUGAGAUCCCAGACAAGGAGGCAGAUGCCAUCCACAGCGUGAACCAGGCUGUUGACUACAUCAUGAAGCAGCCAGAUGGUGUGUACUACCCAGUACCGCCCACUAGAUGA